AUGUGGAAAGAUCCUCACUGUGAUAUUGGGAGGGAGAGAAGUGACAAAGAGUUCUGCUUUGGCUUUGCACAUAAGAUUACUCGAAGCAGUCAUGUCGAACCCGAACGGCUUCUCAGCUUGUCCUCCUUCUUUGAGAAGGCUAGAAGGGAAGGUCGCGAUUAUUACAGGGGGAGCAAGCGGCAUAGGAGAGAGCACCGUGAGGCUGUUUGUCCGGCACGGUGCCAAGGUUGUCAUGGCUGAUGUCCAGGACAACCUCGGACUUUCCCUCUGCAAGGAGCUCGGCCCCGAGGAGACCAUAUCGUAUGUCCACUGCGACGUUACGAGGGAGGCGGACGUGGAGAAAGCGGUGGACGCGGCUGUUUCCAGGUAUGGGAAGCUUGACAUCAUGUACAACAACGCCGGGAUCCCCGGGAAGUUGGACCCCUCGAUCGUGGGGGGCGACUGCGAGAACUUCAGGAGGGUUUUCGACGUUAAUGUUUACGGGGCCUUCUUGGGGGCCAAGCAUGCUGCCAGGGUUAUGGUCCCAGCAAGGAGCGGGACUAUACUCUUCACCUCGAGCGUGGCCUCGGUCUCAUGCGGCGAGUCUCCCCACGCGUACACGGUGUCAAAGCACGCUAUUGUGGGGCUCACAAAGAGCCUUUGCGUCGAGCUGGGGCAGCACGGGAUUAGGGUGAACUGUAUCUCCCCAUGUGCGAUUGCAACGCCCCUGCUGACCAAUGCAAUGGGGCUCGACAAGGGUACGGUGGAGGAGCUCGUUUGCGCAUCAGCGGUGCUGAAGGGGGUCGUGCCGGAGCCGGAGGAUGUGGCAGAGGCGGCGCUUUACCUGAGCAGCCACGAGUCCAAGUACGUGAACGGGCUAAACCUGAUGGUGGAUGGGGGAUACAGCACCACCAACCAGUCCUUUAGUAUGGCCCUCAAGAGUAUGCUCUAUAAAUGAUCUGAGGUCUGUACUGAAAGAUUCUGCAGCCAUAUCAGUGUCUAAUUAAAUAACAAGGCCUUCUUUUUCAUCUAUAUACUCGAAUGUAAGCGAUUAUCUUCACCCUGGUGGUUGUGACCUAGUCAAAAUUGGCAACUCUGGAAAUGAAACGGAUCGGUUUUAUUGUUGAAA